AACGAAGGUACAUGGCUUACUGCAAGUGCACAUAUCAUAACAGCCGUGAUUGGAUGCGGCGUGCUAUCAUUAGCAUGGGCCGUGGCCCAAAUGGGUUGGAUCUCUGGGCCCGUUGUUCUUCUCGUGUUUUCCCUUGUUACGUGGUUUGCAUCUGCGUUGCAGGCUGAUUGUUACAGAAAUCCUACUACCGGCAAGAGACAUUACACUUACAGAGAGGCUGUAAGGUCUAUUCUAGGUGGAAGAAAAUUCAAGUUAUGUGGCCUUGCUCAAUAUUCCAAUUUUGUUGGAGUAUCAAUAGGUUAUACAAUUACCGCAUCUAUAAGCAUGGCGGCUGUGAAACGAGCUAUAUGUUUCCAUAGGAUGGGGCAUCAAGCAGGAUGUCACACACAUAAUAAUCAAUUUCUCCUUAUAUUUGGAAUUCUACAACUAUUGAUGAGCCAACUUCCCAAUUUUCACAAGCUUUCAUGGCUCUCUAUUGUCGCGGCUGCCAUGUCGUUUGGUUAUUCUUUCAUAGGAAUUGGUCUUGCCAUAGCCAAAGUUGCAGGUGGUAGCAAUGCAAGAACAUCAUUAACAGGAGUAGAAAUCGGAGUAGAUGUUACCGCGGCACAGAAGGUUUGGAAUAUAUGCACAGCAUUGGGAAACAUGGCCUUUGCUUAUGCUUUCUCUAUGGUUCUCAUCGAAAUACAGGACACACUAAAGCCAAACCCUCCAGAGAAUGUAGUUAUGAAGAAAUCAAUAUCAGUUGGAAUUUUGAUCACCACAUUUUUUUACAUGUUGUGUGGAGUUAUGGGUUAUGCUGCAUUUGGGAAUGAUGCACCUGGAAAUUUCUUAACUGGAUUCGGUUUCUUCGAACCUUAUUGGCUCGUUGCCCUUGCCAAUGUCUUCAUUGCCGUCCAUCUUGUUGGAGCUUACCAGGUAUUCGUGCAACCCCUAUUUGACUUUGUAGAGACACAAUGCUCCACAAAAUGGCCUGAAAGUAAGUUCGUGAAUGCGGAAUACCCCGUGAAGCUACCUCUAUAUGGUCCAUACACAUUUAACUUGCUAAGGUUUUUCUGGAGAACAACAUAUGUCAUACUAGUGACAAUAGUAGCAAUGAUCUUCCCCUUCUUCAAUGAUAUUGUUGGCUUAAUCGGGGCGCUUUCGUUUUGGCCUCUCACAAUAUAUUUCCCUAUAGAAAUGUACAUUGCACAAGGCAAUGUUCGCAAGUAUUCUUGGUGGUGGAUUUCGUUACAAGUCUUGAAAUAUUGUUGCUUGAUUGUUUCCCUGGUGGCUGUGGUUUCUUCGAUUCGAGGUCUUGUUGUUGGUGUUCAAAAUUUGAAGCCAUUUCAAUCUGUUUCUUGAUCGAUGUACAUCUAUUUGGUUACAAGUUAGAUUAUUAUGUAUGCCAACAACGUUGGGGGUUAAUUUACUCCUUAAUUUUUAUUGUGCCACACAAUAUUCAUUAAUGGAAUACUAGCUUAACAUUUCAUCUUGAAA